AUGGAUACAAUUUCCCGGUCUCUAUUUUAUGAGGUAGUGACUGUGACGGGAGAUGUGCGGGGAGCAGGAACCGAUGCUAAUGUCUUUGUUACUCUCUUUGGAGAGUUAGGGAUUACGCCGAAGACUCAUCUCACCAGCAAGAGUAGAAGUGCUUUUGAGAGGACCAAAACAGAUGUGUUCCGAAUCAAAACCUACAAUGUUGGACAAAUAAAGAAAAUAAGAAUUGAGCAUGACAACACCGGAAUGAAUGCAAGCUGGUUCCUUGACCGUGUGAUAGUGACUGACAUGAACAGACCCCACCUCCGGUUUUACUUUCCUUGCAACAACUGGCUGAGCAAGGAUGAGGGAGACCGACAGUUCACCAGAGAUCUGGUCGCCACCCUGAGCCCUAUGGACAUGCCCAAAAUGAACAAGUAUGUGGUCAGAGUGUUUACUGGUGAUCUUAGUGGCAGUGGAACAGAUGCUGAUGUUUACAUUAAUAUCUUCGGCAAGCACGGAGACACAGGGGAGAGGAAAUUGGACAAUGACAAGGACAACUUUGAAAAGGGAGCUGAGGACAAGUUCACUCUGGAUGCCCCAAACUUAGGAAAAUUAAGAAAAAUUUCCAUAGGCCAUAACAACAAGGGGGGCUCUGCUGGCUGGUUCCUUGCCAAGGUCAUCAUUGAAGACAUAGGCAAUAAAGCUGAGUAUGAAUUCCCAUGCAACCGCUGGUUUGCGUUAGAUGAAGAUGAUGGGAAAAUUCAGCGGGACAUUCUUGUGGGAGGCAUGGAGGCCACAGGUCUCGUUUACACCGUUGCUGUCAUGACAGGGGACAUCAGAGGUGCCGGCACUAACUCUAAGAUCCAUGUCACCCUGCAUGGCUCAAAAGGUUUAAAGAAUAGUGGAAAGAUUUUCUUGGAAGGAGGCGAAUUUGAACGUGCCAGGACAGAUGUAUUUCAUAUUGAGAUAGCAGCUCUUCUCAGCCCUCUGAGCAGAGUCACCAUUGGGCAUGAUAACUGUGGUGUCAGUUCUGGUUGGUAUUGUGAGAAGGUGGUGGUUUAUUGCCCAUUCACUGGUAUUGAACAAACCUUCCCCUGUGUGAAAUGGCUGGAUGAAGAUGAAGGAGACGGCCUGGUGGAACGGGAGCUCUACGAAAUGGUCUCCCUGCGUCAGAAGAGACUAAAAAAAAACCCCUGGUCUCUUUGGAUCUGGACAAGUGACAUUAAGAAUGCGGGGACAGAUGCCACCGUCUUCCUCCAGGUUUAUGGGGACAAGGGGAAGUCAGAUACAAUUAAACUGGACAGCAAAUCAGAUGACUUUGAAUGUGGACGGACUGACAAAUUUGUGAUUGAGCUCCCUGACCUGGGCCCAAUUUAUAAGGUUCGGAUAUGGCAUGAGAAGAAGACUCCCUUCUCUGGCUGGCAUCUACACAAGGUGACUCUGCUGAAAACGCUGACAAAAGAGAAAUAUACAUUCAAAUGCGACCGCUGGCUAGAUAUAAAUGAAGACGACAAUGAGAUCGUGAGGGAGCUCCCUGCAGAGGGACCGCUGGUGACUGAAGUCAUGCCAUUGAUAAAAUACCGAGUGACCGUCUGCACUGGAACGUUAAGCGGGAGUGGGACAGAUGCCAAUGUCUAUGUCUGCCUCAUUGGGGACCAAGGAGACACAGGGGACCGUUUCCUCCAGAACAGCAUUAACACCACGAAUAAAUUUGAGAAAGGCAAUGCUGAUGAGUUCUACCUUGAAGCUGUGAAUCUGAAGCAGGUGAGGAGGGUCAGGAUAGGGCAUGAUGGCAAAGGAGGAAGCAGUGGCUGGUACCUUGCCAAAGUGAUAGUGAGGGAAGAAGGACAGCCAGAAAGUGAUGCUGUGGAAUUUCCCUGUAACAGAUGGCUUGACAAAAAUGAGGAUGACGGUCAGAUUGUUCGAGAAUUGGUGCCCGCUACGUUCUCACCGCUGCUGAAAAAUGUCAACUACCACAUCAGUGUGAAGACAGGAGAUGUCCCUGGUGCCAGCUCAGAUUCUAAAGUUUUCAUCAAGCUCUACGGUGAAAAGGCAGACACUAGCAAGGAGUUUCUGUUAGUUUCUGAUAAUGACCUAGGCAAUUACUUUGAACGUGGACGAGUGGACGAAUUUACUGUAGAAACAAUGGAUAUCGGCAAGAUCAACAGAAUUCUUAUUGGACAUGAUAACGUAGGUCUCCGAUCUGGUUGGUUCCUGUCUAGUGUUCAGAUCACAGUUCCUGUCCAAGGGAGGCAAUACAUGUUUCCUUGCAACCGAUGGCUUGACAAAGAUGAGGCGGAUGGGAAAGUAGAGGUGGAGGUCUACCCAAGUGAAAUCCUGCCCAUUGAGAAAUUGGUAAACUAUGAAGUAACUGUAGUCACGGGGAGCAUGCGGUCAGCAGGCACCAACGCCAAUGUUUUCAUGCAGAUGUAUGGCGAGGCUGGUAAAACCGAGUUGAUCACCUUGUCAAACAGAUCAAACAACUUUGAGAGGGGAGCGAAGGAGAUUUUUAAGGUAGAGGCUGCGGAGAUUGGCUCGAUCUACAAGAUACGAAUUGGUCAUGAUGCGAAGGGCAUUGGGGAUGGCUGGUACCUGGAGAAUGUCACAAUUAAACGGAUGGUAAAAAAGGUUCAGGAUAAUGAGUGGAAAAGGAAGAAAAAAAAGAAAUCUGGUGAGGAAGAAGACGAGGAGUCUGUGCCAGAAGAAGAAAUGGAAGUCUAUAACUUUGUGGCCCAGCGCUGGCUGGCUAAAGAUGAAGGGGAUAAGGAGAUAGUUGUGGAGCUGGUACCAGAGGAAGGAUCUGAACUUGAGGAGAAUUCUUAUGAAGUCCAUGUCUUCACUGGGACUGUAUGGGGAGCUGGGACUGAUGCUAAUGUCUACGUGGACAUAUAUGGUGAAGAAAAAGGUGAUACCGGGGAGCGUCAUCUGAAAAGAUCCAAUAACAUGAACAAGUUUGAGAAGGGCCAGGAGGAUAUAUUCACUAUCAAGGCCAUCGAUUUGGGACCAUUGAAAAAAAUCCGGAUCCGUCACGACAACUCUGGUACAAACCCAAGCUGGUACUUGGAGAGGGUGGAGGUUGUCGAUCUCAAUGAAAGCACCACGUAUUAUUUCCCAUGCCAGCGGUGGUUGGCAGUUGAGGAAGACGAUGGGCAGAUUGUAAGGGAACUGGUUCCAGUGGCUGAAGCGUUUGUAAAGAAAGAUGUGAGCAGCGAAGACCAGUCUCCUACAUCAUUGGGCCUGGAGCAGAAAGCUAAAUCGACGACGUAUAUUGUGAGAGUCAAAACCGGGGACAGGAAGCAUUCUGGGACAGAUGCCAAUGUCUUCAUAAUACUCUAUGGGACAAAAGAUGACACAGGAAUAAUGAGCCUCAAGGCCUCAAAGACUUACAAGAACAAAUUUGAGCGAGGGCAGAUUGAUGAGUUUACACUGGAAGCUGUGGACCUUGGACACUUGAAGAAAAUAAAGACUGGCCAUGACAAUAAAGGUAACUGCACUGGAUGGUUUCUGGAAUGGGUGGAAAUCGAUGCCCCAUCGCUUGGAAAAUGCCUGAUGUUCCCUAGUGGUCGCUGGCUGGAUAAACUGGAGGAUGAUGGACGCACUGAGAGAAUUAUCUUCCCUGCACCGCUGCAGACGAGGGAAUAUGUGCCAUUUGUCCCUUACGAGAUCACAGUAUACACCAGUGACAUCUUUGGAGCUGGCACUGAUGCCGAUGUCUUCAUUGUUCUGUAUGGAAAUACCGGGAUCUCCACUCGACGGAAGUCCCUGUGCCUCAACAAGAGGGAGCGAAAGAUGUACUUUGAGAGGAACUCAGUGAACCAAUUCAUUGUGGAGCUGGAGGACGUUGGCGACUUUAUCGAGAAGAUACGGAUAGGGCACAGUGGCACUGGGAUUAAUCCCGGCUGGCAUUUAGAUCGGGUGGAUAUUCGGAGACUUCUGCCGAACGGAAAGGGUUCAGAAACCAUUUCGUUUCCAUGCGAAAGGUGGCUUGCAAAAUCUGAAGAUGAUGGUGAGACCAUAAGAGAACUGGUACCAUCCGAUAUCUUCACUGAAAAGCUCACAAAAGAUGGGAAACUCAAGCAGAUAGAACAGGAAGUGGAAGAACCACUGGAGGUUCAUACAUACGGGAUAAGCGUUUUCACCGGAGAUGUGUACGGUGCUGGGACGGAUGCAAAUGUUUACCUGACUAUGUAUGGAGACCUAGGGGACACUGGAGAGAGGAAACUCAGCAAGUCUGAAACAAACAUGAACAAAUUUGAAAGAGGCCAGGAGGACGUGUUCACAGUGCAGGCGGUGGACCUCGGCCUUGUGUACAAGAUCAAGAUCCGUCAUGACAAUGCCAUGCUGAAUCCAGAGUGGUACCUGGACAAAGUGGAGAUUACAGAUGAAGACACAGAAGAAGUGUUUGUGUUCCUGUGUGAACGCUGGCUCUCUAAAAAGAGGGAGGACAAGAAGAUAGAGCGGAUACUUUACGAGCAGAACUACGAAGGCAAACGGGGCAGCCUGGAUGGUGCCGAUCUCAGCCUGAGCAGCCAAGACAGCAACGCAAACAUGAAGGAGACGAAGAAACCCAGCUUGGUCGAGAGCAUACAGGAAGGGUUAUCGAUUCCAUAUCAUGUCACACUCACGACUGGCAUAGAGCCCGGCGCGAGCACUGACAGCCGAGUUUACAUCAUCAUUAUGGGGCCGCAGAAAGUGCGAACAGACAGGCUGUGGCUGGAUCUUACGGAAGAUAAGGAUGAGUUCGCAGAUGGCUCCGUAGAGAAAUUCUCUGUUUGGGGAGCAGAUGUUGGGGAGAUUAAAAACGUGGAGGUUCUCUAUGAAGUUACAGUUGUGACUGGAGACCAACAAGGUGCUGGCACUGACACCAGUAUUUAUAUGACUCUUUUUGGAUCAAAUGGGAGCACUGAGGAGAUGCAGCUGGACAAAAAUGGAGACAGAUUUGAGAGGGCCCAGGAGGACAGUUUUGUCAUGGAGAUCAAUGAUAUUGCACCGCUUCGGAAGAUGAGGAUUCGAACCGAUGGAAACGGGAGUCGCCCGGACUGGUUCCUAGAGAAGAUCCUCAUGAAGAACCUGGCUAAUCAAGAAGUGACCACAUUUACGUACAGUGAAUGGCUGUCAAAGGUCCACCAUCCUAAAGGAGCUCUCGUGUGUGAGAUGCCAGGUGUGAUAGAUGAUGAGCAGAUGAUGGAGGAUACAACCUACACUGUUCAGGUUAAAACCAGUGAUGUUAUAGGAGCUGGUACAGAUGCCAAUGUCUACUUGAUUAUCUUUGGAGAGAAUGGGGACACUGGGACCCUUCCACUGAAGAAAUCUAAUAAGUCUAACAAGUUUGAAAGGAACCAGAUGGAUAUCUUUGAGUUUAAUGACAUGCUGAGCCUGGGAGAGCUCUGUAAGGUGCGAGUCUGGCAUGACAACAAAGGGAUUGCACCAGGGUGGCACUUGGAAUAUAUUGAGGUCAUCGAUUCUGCCAUGGACGAGGCCUUCCGCUUCCAGUGUGAUCGCUGGAUGGCGAAGAGCGAAGACGAUGGGCAGCUCAUCAGAGAACUGGCUUGUGCCAACAACGACAUCCUGGAGGAGAAGGAACGUACCACGUACGAGAUCGUCACCGUAACAAGCAACAAAGAGAAUUCAGAAACCAAAGAACAUGUCUGGAUCAUCUUAGAAGGAAGGAAGUGUCGCUCAAAAGAAUUUGUCUUGGAAAAUUCUCCGAAGAAAAAGAGAUUUGGAAGAGGAGCAACAGACAAUUUUCAGUUUUCUUCAAAGAAUGUUGGUAGCAUCGCCGCCAUCUGUGUUGGUCACUGUCCAAAAGAUGGAAAAAAGUCGAGUGCAAAAGCUGAUGUGUACUGGCAUGUCGAAGAGAUAAUCAUAACGGAGAUGGAGCUUUGCAACAAAUUCUUUUUCAGAUGCAAUGCAAAAAUCCCGCUGCGUCACAAGAAGAGCGACUACAGAGUCUUUGAGUGUGCCAAGACCGUAGAGAGUUUCGCCAGCAAGACCCGGAGUUUGGUGCCAGUCAAAUACGAGGUCAUUGUGACAACCGGGUUUGAAAAAGGAGCUGGCACCGAUGCCAACGUCUUUGUUACCGUCUUUGGCGUCAAUGGAGAUUCGGGCAAGCGGGCGCUCAAAAACAAGCUCUGGAACCUCUUUGAACGUGGCAGAACCAAUAGGUUUUACCUGGAAACCCUGGACUUGGGAGAGCUGAAAAAAGUCCGGAUUGAGCAUGACAACAGUGGCAUGGCGAGCAGCGGCUGGUUGCUGGAACGAGUGGAGAUCACCAACUCAGCUACUGGAGUCAGCACAAUAUUCCCUUGUGGGAAGUGGCUGGAUGAAAAUCGAGGAGAUGGUUUAAUCUGGAGGGAUCUGUUUCCCAGACAGUAGGCGUACGGCUGGGUAGGCAAGCGGGGCAUGAGCCUUGGGAGAGGGGUGCUGGCAUGGAGCUAGGGGGGAACCUCACCCUCCCAUGCCUCUCCUGCUGUCCCUGCACCCUUGCACCCUUCACCAUCCAGCUUCAGCAGCAGCGAGGGCAUACUGACAGCAAAAAAAAGGCAGUGACAUCUUUCCCACAGCAGCAAACCUCCAGCUGCUGCUGCUGCACUAACUGCCUCUGCCAUCACCAUCCAGGGCUUAGCACCAGCCAGUUACUCCUCUCUUCCCCGGUAUGAACAGGGCCAAGCCUGCAGCCUUUGAAAGGAGCUGCAAAGAAGACUUUUCAUGCUUCCCUGCAGAUGCAUUUUCUUAUUCGUUUGUUCCACACAUUUAUAUUGUGUUUAAAUUUGUAAA